CCAAUGGCGUCACCACCCGGAGAUAGUGCUACCUCUUACAACUUAUAUUCUCCUAAUACAAAGUAUAUAUUUGCAGCCAUUUACGCUAGAUGGUGCCACGAGCAACCUGAAAAUCGUUUGAGUAUGUUGCGGUGUGAAAACAUGGAGGUCGAGAAAGAUACGAACAACACGGAGAAACUGGAAAACGAUGCACUCUGCACUGUGACCAACACCUGUGAGCUCGACGAACAGAUGACUUGUUGCGAUGUAGAUGAAAAAUUAUCAGAGUCACAUCAAAAUUUAAGCAAACGUCAACUGAAGAAAGUAAGGAAAAGAGAAAAAUGGUUAGAACGAAAGGAUGAAAUAAGAUUGCGCGAACGAGAGAAAGCUAGAAAAAAGCGGGCACAUGCUCGUACGAACAACAUAGACGUAGGGCCAUCGAGGAAAGCACUAAAAAGAUGUACAAUGGCAGGUAGCAGUUGUAAAAUAGGAAUAACCAUCGACUUGUCCUUUGGUCAUUUAAUGAUCGACAAGGAUAUCGCGAAACUGACCAAGCAAAUACUGAGAUGUUACACUUUGAACAGACGAGUCGAUGCACCUAUGCAAUUUUCCCUUACUAGCUUCGGUGGGAAAGCAAAAGCAGACAUGGAAAAGCAUAAAGGAUACGAACAUUGGGACGUGAAAUUUCAUGAAGAAUCAUAUUUGAAUAUUUAUCCGAAGGAGAAAAUUAUAUACCUUACGAGCGAAUCGGAAAACGUUAUCACUCAUUUAGAACACGAUCACGUGUACGUUAUAGGUGGUCUGGUCGAUCAUAACAGUCACAAGGGUCUCUGCCAUAGGUUGGCUGCGCAGUGUAACGUGAGACACGGCAGAUUACCUCUGGACAAAUUUUUACGCAUGAAGGCGAGAAAAGUUCUUACUGUCGAUCAUGUGUUUGAGAUUUUGCUCAGGGUGAGCGAGGGCAAAACGUGGCAGCAAGCAUUUUUACAAGUUUUGCCAAAGAGAAACGACCUACAGUUGAUUUUACCACCAUCCGGAGAAAAUAACGAUGAAUCGGAUCCGUCGAAUCGAGAAACGAUGGAUAGUUCUCUCGUUCGCGCAAACACUGGAAUAACAUCAGAAGUACAGAUCGGUGAACCAGAAAUAUAUAGGACUAGCGAAAGAAUAUUUUCAUUUACGCCACGAGUAUGCUGUUUACAUAAGUGGUAUCAUUUUUAAUAGUAAUCUUACAAGGAAUUACUAAUUUUAGGACAGCGUUAUACAAUACAUUCCUAUUUAACUUGGAAUUAUUCAGAUAGAAUUAAUCUUCUCUUUUAUUUCU